CAAACCAAAGCUUCCGGUCUCUUUCUUUGCCUUUCCAUUAGCAAAAUGAGUUACUACCAGCCCCUCGGGGGGGCCUUAGCUUUUCAUCAUCUCUAGUGAUGGGGCUGAAAUCCAGGAAGAGCCAUCCGGAGGAACCCUGACAAGGUGAAGCCAAGUCCCAAGAGAAAUAGCUCGCAGCUCUCCAGCCUGAGCAGAAAGCCGCAGUGGCUCCCAGGACUCAGAGGCAAAAGCAGAGAGCUAGCACACAGCUUCCAAAGCCAUGACGAAGACAACCACUUGCAUCUAUCACUUCCUUGUUUUGAACUGGUACGUCUUCCUCAAUUGCUACAUCCCACAUAUUGGAAAGGAUAAUGAGAAGUUAAAGGAAUUCCAUGAUGGCGGACGGUCAAAGUACUUGACACUCCUUAAUCUGCUUUUGCAGGCCGUUUUCUUUGGGGUCGCCUGCCUGGAUGAUGUGCUGAAAAGAAUCAGAGGAAGGAAAAACAUCAAGUUCAUCACAUCCUUCAGAGACCUGCUGUUUACCACCUUGGCUUUUCCUAUAUCCACAUUUGUAUUUUUGGUAUUUUGGGGCCUCUUUUACUAUGAUCGAAGCCUCGUUUACCCCAAGGGCCUGGAUGACUUCUUUCCAGCAUGGGUUAACCACGCAAUGCAUACCUCCAUAUUCCCUUUUUCACUGAUGGAAGCCAUUCUCCGACCACACCACUACCCACCGAAGAAGCUAGGCCUCUCCUUGUUGGGUGCUUGUAACCUUGCCUACAUUAUCAGGAUCCUGUGGCGCUACUCUCAGACUGGAAACUGGGUGUACCCCGUGUUUGCCUCCCUCAACCCACUGGGUAUUAUCAUCUUCUUCUCAGCCAGUUACAUCCUGAGUGCCGGCAUCUACUUGCUUGGAGAGAAGAUCAAUCACUGGAAGUGGGGUACCACAGUGAAGCCAUGGAUAAAGAAGAAGUGACUACACACUGUUUUCCAAGAGCCAUGGAAGAAGAAACAUAAGAACUGGUCAUCUUUCUAUUGUUCUCAUUAUUAUUAUUUCUUUGGGGAUCAGUGGUGGAAUAGCAUGGGGAGAUACAAAAGACAGAGAAUGAUGCAUAAGUUUAA